AUGCAGCACUUCUACGAUUUGAAGUCCAGUCUGUGGAGCUCCACCUCCAGAUCUGAGCAGAUACAGUGCAACUCUUUCAACCGCUUCCCAUCAUUCAAUCUAAACCUCCGUCGUCCUGGACGCUCCAAUCACACCACAACGGCCAACAACAUUGAGCUUGUCACCCCAAAGGUCAAAUAAUGCACACACAAUAUUACAGAAAAAGUUACACGGGUUCUGUCUCUAGGUGCAGAUGUUUUGCCUGAGUACAAGCUCCAAGCUCCAGACAUUCAUAAGUGGAUCAUGUUGCACUACAGUCCCUUCAAAGCCAUGUGGGACUGGAUCAUUCUUCUGCUAGUGCUCUACACAGCCAUCUUCACACCCUACUCAGCCGCCUUCCUCCUCAAUGAGCUGGAGGAAGAGAGGAGACCCCCAUGUGGUUUCGCUUGCAACCCUUUAAAUUUAAUAGACCUGAUAGUGGAUUUUCUGUUCAUAAUAGACAUCCUGAUUAAUUUCAGGACCACAUACGUAAAUCGCACCGAUGAAGUGGUGACCAAUCCCAAACGCAUCGCAGUCCACUAUAUUAAAGGAUGGUUUCUCAUCGACAUGGUGGCCGCUGUUCCUUUUGACAUGCUCAUCUUCAGAUCUGGAUCAGAUGAGACGACAGCCACUCUCAUUGGCCUGCUGAAGACAGCCCGGCUGCUGCGACUGGUCCGCGUGGCCCGGAAAUUGGAUCGAUACUCUGAGUAUGGAGCUACAGUUUUAUUCUUGCUCAUGUGUACCUUUGUGCUUAUAGCACAUUGGCUGGCCUGUAUUUGGUACGCCAUUGGCCAUGUGGAGAGGCCUUACAUGAAGACGGGUUGGUUGGAUAAUCUGGCCGAUCAGCUGGGAAAGCAUUAUAAUGACAGUGAUGUCAGCUCCGGACCCUCCACUCAGGAUAAAUACAUCUCCGCGCUCUAUUUCACCUUCAGCAGUCUCACUAGUGUCGGAUUUGGGAACCUCUCGCCAAACACCAACUCUGAGAAGAUUUUCUCUAUCUGCGUCAUGCUCAUUGGCUCCCUCAUGUAUGCCAGCAUAUUUGGGAAUGUCUCAGCAAUAAUUCAGAGGCUUUAUUCGGGAACGGCACGCUAUCAUACGCAGUUGCUCCGAGUUAAAGAGUUCAUCCGCUUCCACCGGAUACCUGGAGAUCUUAGACAGAGACUGGAGGAAUAUUUCCAACGCGCAUGGUCCUACACCAACGGCAUUAAUAUGAAUGCAGUCUUGAGAGGUUUUCCAGAAUGUAUGCAAGCUGACAUUUGCCUGCAUCUCAACCGCAGUCUUCUGCAGAACUGCAGAGUGUUUCGCGGGGCAAGUAAAGCAUGUCUCAGAGCUCUCGCCAAGCACUUUAAAACCAUUCACUACCCGCCUGGAGACACCCUCUAUCACCACGGCGAUAUGCUCAAAGCCCUCCACUUCAUCUCUCGUGGAAGCAUUCAGGUGUCACGUCAUAACAUAGUGCUUGCCAUACUGGGAAAGAAUGAUAUAUUUGGCGAGCCCAUAAACCUGUUUGCGGACCCUGGUCACUGCAAUGCCGAUGUUACGGCGCUCACCUACUGUGACCUUCACCGUAUCGGAAGAGAUGACCUCCUGGAGGUGCUGGACAUGUAUCCAGCCUUUGGCAAGAGGUUCUGGAGGAACCUUGAAAUCACAUUCAACCUACGAGAUAUGAUCCAAAUGCUGCCCAGUGAAAACUCAGCUUGCGGUUACCAUGUAAACAGGAUACGACACCGCAAAAACUCGAUAGACAGGCGCAACCGGCCAGAUGGAAUGGAUCAGAAUGACCCAUCUCGGAUGUAUUCUACACAUCGUCAUAUAUCAGUCACUCAUGCGCACUGGGAGGAGAUGUGCAGCUGCGGUAGCUCCAGGUCCAGUCUUAACAAGACCCUCAGUGGCAGUGAGCUGUACUCCUCUGAAGCCGAACAUCUGGACUUUCCCUCUCCUGCUGUCAGACUCAUGCCACCAUGCGGUGCUUCUGGGGUCAGCACAGAGUCUGACAUGGACAGGGUGCACUUCGGCCAUCCGUCCGGAUUGUAUCAUUGCCGGCCUGAUCAUCCCGAAGAGUCUCGACACAUCUCUUGUGUUCCAGUCUCGUUCCCUCCACCUCUUUUUUCAGCUCAUCAACACGGCGAACUUGAGUCCAGAGUGGAGCUCCUGCAGAGUCAGCUUAACAGACUUGAGACAAGAAUGACAGCAGACAUCAGUGUGAUCCUCCAGCUCCUUCGACGGCAAAUUCCUCCAGCGUACAGCACAGUACUGGCCGACAGUCACACUCCUGACCCCAGAGCCGUCAACAAAACAUCUACCACCUUUUUUGGAGAAGUUUUUUUUUCCUUUAACAAUAACCAAAUUCAUUUGAAUGCACAGACGCCCGCCCAGCAAAAAUCCAUCUUCAAGUCAAAUUCUCAGAGUUCUCUGUCCAGUGGUUUUCAUAUGGGAGCUGCGUCAGAUGACUGUUUACCUGCCAAACAAGAAACCAAACCUACGGCAGCCCCGAUUCUUCAGCCUAACAUAUUCGAAGCACCGCAAAUCUGUGCAUCCCACCGGUUUCUUUCUUUGCCUGUCAGCCUGGACACUUCACACCCCAAAGGAAUUCAAAAGCUCACAUCUGACCCUGCCUUACCGGUCAGCUGA